AACCAUGGUUCAUUCUCCCUUCACUUCCAAGGAGCAAAGAAGAGCACCCCCCUGGACCUAACACCACCCACUCUAGAUUUCCACACCAGUGUCUCAGUGUCCUCUGGGAUCACCUAUAGCUUGGGAACUGAUAGGAAAUCACAUCUCCUGUGGACAACACAUCAAAGGACCUAUUUGAGACAUAGACAAUUACCUCUGAUGGUACCAGUGUCAAAAGCUAAGAAUAUAAAAGCUCAACCACCCUUGAACAGAAUGAGCCGGGAAGAAUUGGAGGACAGCUUGUUUCGUCUUCGUGAAGAGCACCUGUUGGUGAAGGAGCUUUCUUGGAAGCAACAGGAUGAGAUCAAAAGGAUGAGGACAGCAUUACUCCGGCUGACAUCGAUGGGCAGGAACAUGAGGGCAGAGGUGGCAGAGGCAGAGCAGCCUGCCAGACUACGGCAGAAUGCAGGGUGCCGGCAACCCCCCCACCAAGCACCACCGCCCCCUGAUGCAUGGGCUACAACUGCAGUUCCAGCGUGUUGUCCGCCCUGCUCCCGACACUCCCAGCCCUGGGUCCAUGUGGGACACAGACAGCUCCACACUGCUGUGCGGCCAGUGCUGGAGAAACCCAAGAGGGGGCCUACUGACAGGCUGAGCUACACAGCCCCUCCCACAUUCAAGAACCAUGGGACAAAUGGGAAGACCAGAGGUGAAAUAUCCAGUGAACUCAAUACUAUGCUAGUGGAAGAACAACCCAAGUCUCCUGAGAAAAUGUGGUCCAAAGAUGAAGAUUUUGAACAGAGAAGCUCUUUGGAGUGUGCUCAGAAGGCCACAGAACUUCGCGCUUCCAUUAAGGAGAAUAUAGAGCUGAUUCGGCUUAAGAAGCUCUUACAUGAAAGGAAUACCUCAUUGGUAGCAACAAAAGCACAGUUAACAGAAGUUCAAGAGGCAUACGAAACUCUGCUCCAGAAGAAUCAGGGAAUCCUGAGUACAGCCCAUGAUGCCCUCCUGGGGCAAGUGAAUGAGCUCAGGGCAGAACUGAAGGAGCAGAGCAAGAAGGCUGUGAGCUUCAAGAGCCAAUUGGAAGAUGUGUCCAUCCUGCAGAUAACACUGAAGGAGUUUCAGGAGAGAGUUGAAGAUUUGGAAAAAGAACGAAACCUGCUGAAUGACAAUUAUGAAAAACUCUUAGAAAAGUGA